GUUGGCACAUGUGUUGUUUCUUCCGUCCCGCAGGGGCCGACGGUUCUGUUUCCUGCGUGUCGCCUUUAUUUCAGUCCGGGGAACCUCAGCAACAACGCGUGUCUGAGCCGCCCCGAUGUUUUCCACUUUAAAAGACAAAGUCGGGGAGGUUUUGUUACCGGGAGACGAGUUCUCCUGUGAGACCGACGACACCAUCUCUCUGACGGACCACGUGAAGCCGGAGAAGGUGGUGUGUGGUCCGGGUCUGAGGCGUAGCGGAGACCGGCUGGUGGUCUGCAAGAGCGGCGUCCUGAGACACAAACAGCCCAACGUGUUCUGGAUCGACUCGCAGCAGCGGAGGUAUGUCCCCGCUAAAGGCGAGACCGUCAUCGGCAUCGUCACGGCCAAGUCCGGAGACGUCUUCAAGCUUGACUUUGGAGGAAGUGAACAGGCGUCUCUCUCCUACCUGGCGUUCGAGGGAGCCACCAAGAGGAACAGGCCCAACGUCCAGGUGGGGGACCUGGUCUUCGCUCAGUUCAUCAUAGCCAAUAAGGACAUGGAGCCGGAGCUGGCGUGCAUCGACAGCUCAGGACGAGCCAAUGGGAUGGGAGUUUUCGGAGGAGGUGGUCUGCUCUUCAGAGUCUCUCUGGGUCUCGUCAGAAGACUGCUGUCCCCCCACAGCGAGGUCAGGUCUGACCUGGAGCAGCUGUUCCCCUGUGAGCUGGUGGUUGGGAUGAACGGUCGUCUGUGGGUCAAAUCCUCCAGCGUUCAGCAGACCCUCGUCAUCGCAAACCUGCUGCAGAGCUGCGACACCAUGACGGCCCCGCAGAGACGGGAGCUGUUCAGGAGGGUCAAACGGGGCGCGCUGUAGACCACAUCAGACCACGCGUGCACCCGGUUUGGUGCUGAGUGUAAAGAGUGACUCCAAUCCUCCUGUGAAUCCCUGGUGGUUUAACGUCUCACCUGGCGCAGUGAUGUCACGGCGACUUCGGGACCCUGUGACAUCACUGCCGGGCGUGGUUACAGGUGAAACGCUGCUGUUCACGCUUUCCGCUUAAAGGAAAAGUCUUAAAGUUUUACAGAGCAUAAUGGAAUAAAUAAUGUAAACCAAUGACCGUCUUAUUUCAUCCUGCAGACUUUAGUGCAGCUCAGGUUCCAGAAGUUUUCAUAUUUAAAUAUCUUUGCAUCUGGAAAUAAAGCCAAGUCUUUAUUUUUUGACAAACGGGUCAGUGAUACCUGAAACUUGGCACAGCUCGGCCCGGCCUUAGCUUUAGUGAUACUAAAGCUAAGGCCGAUCACAGCCCUGUUUGUGUUGACUCACACAUAAAGACUUUGUGAUGAAAAGUUUGGAAGAAUCACAUUUGGAAACAACACCAAACUAAGUGACUGUGGUGAUGCUUAAUUUUUGUCCAUAUUUCUGUAUUUGAUAUUAAACCCUUCACAUCGUC